UUUACUAAAAAAUUCAUUAUUUAUUUAUUCAUUCAUUUAAAACUUGCAUUUAUUGAAAAAAAAUUGUUUAUUAUAUUAUUAUUAUUGUUAUAUGCUAUUUUAUUUAGAGCAGAUCUUGGACACUAUGGAUCAUUUGGUGGCAAAUCAACAAGACAUGAGAAUUUAAUCCAUCAACCAGUCGUAUUUGUGCAUGGUGUAUCAGAUCGAGCUCAUGAUAAAGCACUUGCCGCUGCUACUCAUUUCUAUUCCAACGGUUAUAAAUGGUCAGAGUUAUAUGGUACCACUUAUGCAAAUGGAUCUCAAGGAAAUCCGCUCCAAUGGGUUCAUUAUUCAAUGCAUUGCUCAUAUGUCAAACAAAUUAGAGCGUUAAUUGUUGCUGUAAGAUUGUAUACUGGACGGGCUGUAGAUGUUAUUGCAUUUUCGUUAGGUGUACCUAUUGCAAGAAAAGCUAUAUUAGGUGGUGAAUGUGUUGAUACUAGAGAAAAUCUUGGCCAACCAUUAACUCGAUUCAUCGAUACAUUCGUUGGCAUUGCUGGUCCCAAUCAUGGAAUAACCCUUCAAGUCAGUGUACCCCUCUGCAUGUUCAGCGUUUUACCAAUAUGCAAUGCAGUAAAUGGUCUGUAUUCUGGUGUGUGCCCUGCUAAAAGCAUCUUUUUACAAGAUAUAAAUUCGAUUGCAAAUUAUGAAGGAAGAUUUGUGUUUUCGAUUUACAGUAAGGCUGAUCAACUUGUUGGUUAUCUCGUUUGCAACCAGAUUACAACUGAAAUACCUGGCCAAAAUGGUGGAAAAAUUUAUGAAAAUUUGAAUCACGACGAAACAUAUUAUCAAUCAUUUGACGUUCAAAGGCAAAUGGUUCUUCAACAUUUGAUUUUGUAA